CUUUUUAAUUAGUUAUCCUCUCAAUAAACAGCCGAAGAAAUUUUAAAUCUUCACAACUUGCCUAUAUAAGAAGCAUGCAUCAUGUAUCUUUCCAAGACACAAAUCAUAGAGUACAAUAUUAUCACAAAAAACAGAGUUAGAGAAAAAAAAAUAAGAAAAUGAAUCCUUUUGGUGUUCCAAUCACAGAUAGAACCUUAAGACAAAUGAAAAGAUACAGAGGAAAAGAAGAAAUAACACAAGAAGACAGAGCAAGAGAGGCCAUGAGAUUAAUCCAUGCAGAAGACAAAAAUAUAAGCGCAUUACAACAUGUGCUUAGUCUCAAGGCAAAUUAUGGUAAUGGUGUAUCAACUUUAUGCCUUGUUUAUAAUGCAACUGGUGAUACAUUACAAUUUGCCUAUAAUAAGGAGUGGUAUGGUUAUGUUUAUAAGGAACAACCACCCACUACCUUUGAAAAUGGGCAGUGGAUUGCGUUCCUUCACGCACAUCCUACUGCCCAGUCUCUCGGAUCUGAAGCUGCUUGGGUCUAUCGUGGUAAAAAUAUCAAAGGAGAGGUUCGUGAUUACAUGAUUGCUUGGAACACUCCUUGGUCUAAGACUCAAAAUUCGGCCUAUACAGAGGUGCGUGGAGAAAAUCACUUUCCGCAAUAUUGGAGUCAUAUAAAAGACUCUUUGUUAGAAAAAGCUGGAAAGAUAACAGUGGACGAAUUUGACAAACUUUGUACAUCAUAUGCGAGUAUUGGUGGCAUCACUUCCCCGGAAUUUAUUGCAAUACUCAAACACAACUUUACUCCUGAACCAAUUAUACCAUGAUUCUGUCUUAUCUUCUUUCUUCUCAUCUUUAUUAUAUAAUAAAUAAAUAUCGCCGCACUUAACUUAUUCAAAGUAAUAGGAGAAGGUUAAGUAAGAAUCAAAUUUAAAUUGAAAAAUAAUAUUUGUUUUUCUAUUGAAAAAGACGAGAUUCUCGAAAAUAUGCACUUUUAUGUUACGUUUCCAUUUAUCCAUUAUUGUAAUAUUGUGAAUUUCUAUAUUUUUUGUCGUAAUAUAAAUAAAUAUGUUAUGAGA